UUUUGUUUUUUUUAAGAGAUGGCAAACAUUUCGCCGUUGUUGUCGCUCAUCGCAAUCCUCCUAUCAUCCAUCAUGAUCAACCACCUUCCCGUGGCAAGCUCAAAACAGUGGUGUGUGUCAAAACAGACGGCCAAGGAUGAGCAGCUAGAAGAUAACAUCAAUUUUGCGUGUAGUAAUGGGAUUGAUUGUAGACCAAUCCUACCGAGUGGAGCAUGUUUUAAACCCAAUACUACAAUAAGCCAUGCAUCAUAUUUGAUGAACGAUUAUUAUCAAAGCCAUGGCCGAACCAACGAGGCAUGUCUGUUCUAUUUCCCAAAUAGUGGCAUACUCACUUCCACGGACCCUAGUUACAAUCAAUGUAUCUAUAAAUAG